CACGUCAGCGUGAAGUGUUUCCGGGGUGAGGUCCAGCACGGAAAUGGAGACAGAGCGCGAUCGACGACAGUGACAACGCAAGCUAGUUACAUUGUACAGUGUAGACGUCAAUAUUAACACUACACUCUUGUGACUCUACAGCGCAUACUGCAUAACUGAUCUUCAUUCAGCCAUGACUGUGAUGGUAAUUCUCCUCACCGAAUCCAUUGUUUGGCUGUUUUUGUUGUCCGUGGCUAUGGCAACGAAACUGUCGCUAACAAACGGCGGCUAUGAAGACAUUACCUUCGCAAUCAACAAGAAUGUUCCCAAGUCUGUGGAUUUGGUUGAAAACCUGCAGAUCCUUAUCCAGGAUGCGUCAGACAGCCUCUAUGCUGCUACAGGUCUGCACAUGCGCACCGCUGCCAUUCUUGUCCCCAGCAGCUGGCAGAUGGGGGACAGAAAUGACAAGCUGACGUUCUCCGAGGCGGACUUGAGGGUGGACAGACCCCACCCCUACUACAGAGACAGGCCCUACACCCAGCCCACCUGGACGUGUGGGGCGAUGCAGCGGUAUGUGCAUCUCACCCCGGGCUUUGUCCUCGGAACUACUGACGGCACAAGACAGAAACAACGCGGCAUCCUCCUUGCAAACCAGUUUGCUCGAUAUCGCUGGGGUGUGUUUGACGAUGUUAUAGCGAAUGAAACGGGUUCUACCACAAUGUCCAAAAACCACGAGAAAGCUUGCAGGGGGGUGUCUGUGGCCGACAUCAUCAACAACCACGAUGACCACAGUCAGACUGGUCAGACGCCGACUCAGCCUGUUUCAGUCACUGUUGUGUACAACCACAACGAUCAGGCCAAGAACCCUGAAGAGAAGGAGUGUGGACGACGUGUUGUACUGCUGCUAGAUGACUCCUUUUCUAUGAAUGAGCAUUCACGUGCAUUCAGACAAAAUCAAGUGGCCAGAACUUUUAUAAAGGACAUACUUCCCACCAGCUCUGAGAUUGGAAUAAUAAUAUUCUACGGGUACAGCGUCAUGUUAGUAGGCCUUACCAAACUCACCACUGAGGAUGAUCAAGGACGAAUCGUCGACUUGGUAACGCGGGAUCGUAGUUUUGGACCUGCUACAGGCAUAGGACAGGCCCUGAAAGAUGCUCUUGCUCUGUUAGAGGGUGCUGGUGCAGGAGCUGAUGAAGAGGACAGAAUACUGCUGAUUACCGACGGCGGGGAGAACCCAGAUGGAGGCCCUACCAUUGACGAUGUCAUGAAGGACAUCAUUGAAUCCAAAGUGAUGGUGCAUUCCAUAGCUUUAGGGAGUGACGCUUCCAAGUCCCUGGGAGAGCUGUGUCAUGCAACUGGUGGGGUGUAUGGCUACUACACCGAGAAGGCCCAGUCAGCAACUCUAACACAGGUCGUCAGCAACUUGUGGCAAGAUUUCAACAUGCUGUGUGUAGAGGACCAGCCCAUUGAGAUAGUGAAUCUGCCGCUAGAAGUAAGCAAGGACAAGCCUGUGGUUGAACAGCCAGUGCCUAUUGACGCCACCGUCAAUAAGACCGUAUUCCAGUUUACAUCACCAGAGAAUUCGGACAUUGAGGUACAGAUUAAAGAUCCAGAGAACAAGACCUAUGAUAGAAACUCACCUCAGCACACAGAAGAUCCACGACUCAAAGUGGACAAGUUCACCUUUGACAACCCACAGCCUGGUGAAUGGAACGUGACAGUAAGAAGCAAGUCCCUGCACUCGAGUCCCGAGGCUGUAAUAAUGACUGUAAAGGCUGACCCCAAAGAAGACUCCGAAACAUACGAGGUUCAAUCAUGGCUUGACAGCAUGAUAGUGAAAGUCCCUGCGGUAACCCGGAUCUACGUAUCAGUGACGCGGGGUUACUCCCCUUUGAUUAAGGCCAAGGUAACAGCUACCGUUGAAAGACCAGAAGCGGACGCUGUGAAUGUGGACCUGAGAGAUGACGGAAAGGGUGCUGAUGUUGCAGCUUUGGACGGUAUAUACACUGGCGAGUUUACAGGCUACACCGCCAAUGACCGGUACUCGCUCGAAAUCCACGUGGCCUCUGUGGUAGGGGAAACAGUGGUUGUCAAAGAGCUGAUCAGCAGGACUGGAGACUCGCAAGAGGAUGUUGAUUUAGAGGAUAUCGAAGAUAAGAUUCUAACCUCUCCUGUGGAACCCAUGGCGAGAACACCAUCGCAAGGACCGGGAGCAUUCGACGUGCGUGGGUUGAACCCGAAAAUCGACCAGUUUCCGCCAUCUCCAAUCACUGACCUUGUUCCCAUAGAGGUCAAGGACAACGUAGUCACGCUUCAGUGGACUGCGCCCGGAGAUGACUGGGCGGAAGGAACAGCAAGUGAGUACGAGUUCCGAAUGUGGCACGACCAAGACGCUUUGAGGAAAGAUGCAAGCAUUGGCAUUUUGAUGACCGUUGAGAACCCUGAAGGAGGAAAAUAUUCCCCAUCUCCCUCCCGUACAACAGAAACACUGACCAUCAGACUGUCGGACAGUUGGCCAUUUCCGUUCUAUUGCUAUUGUGACACGUGACCAUGAUAACCACACAUCUGAACUCUCUAAUGUCGUUCAACUGCCUCGUUCUGAGACACGGCAUGACAUCAUGUCGGAUCCUGCCGCCAUAUUUGCCUAUACGUAUGCAACUGUUUACUUUGUUACUCGACUUGUGGAAAUAAAUGCUAUUAAUGGUUAAAUUGAUAACACGUUUGUUUAAACGAAUUUUAAAUUAAAUGUUAAAGUGCACUUUUAAUGCUAUAUUUUAACAUUUUAAGUGAUGUUACCCAUAGAGUUCAUGGUGCUAAAUUAUUUUUGAAGCCUAACGCGUGCGUGUCAUGUAGAUUUCGAAAUAUACAACGUCAACGCCAGACAAUAACCAGUCUCGAUUAUUCCCUGAAACAUUUUUUCAAUUGGGCGUGAAAGGCAAAGUAGCCCUGAAAAUGACAUGCAUGGAACACGGGUGGGGGCAUUUUUUAUGUCUUCGCCAAAACAUUUCUUGUAAAGUUGACUCAGCAUAGACAAAUGCUACUGAGCUUAUGGAUGCGACUCAGGGAUUUCUAUCCUCCAGCCAAACAUCGACCCAGUAUGAAAAUUGUAAUAAAACUAGAGUCAGUUGUUAAUUUUUAAGCAUGUGUUUGUUUCCAACCAUCACCCCAAAAUAUACUGAGGGAAAGAAAUAAGGGAACACCACUUUAUCACACUGUUCCUUUAUUUAUUUCAAGAUUUUCACCCACAGAGCAAUUCAAAGGUUGCGAAGAAACCUGGAAAAGAAUAAAGGAACGUGUACUUUCAUGUGUUCCCUUAUUUGUUUCCCUCAGUAUAUUAUAUUGAUAACCCCCACCAGUUGAUUAAAUCUUCCAAGCACUGUAUGUGUUGGCAGUGCAAUGCACUCUUUGUUCAUGAUAUCACGGAUACCUAUGUACAUUUCAUGUUUUGCGUCUGCCUUUAGCAAUUGUUGUGUUUGCAAUGUCAUACUUGUCAAUAAUACAUCAAUGUAUAUAUCAACCAGUCAUACAAAUGUACAUACAGACAAUCAGGUCUGUAUUUUAUUCUAUUUGUAUAAUAUUUGUUACACUAUGUCCUCGGGGAUGCCGGGAUAGACUAGGUUGUCCUAUAGGGGUCAUGCAUCGUGUAGUUGGACUCGGUGACUUGGUUGAAUGUGUAUUCGAUGAACCCAUAUGAUUUUGUUCAUAAUAUUAAGCAUUGGUUUGUCUGGGCCAGACUCGAUUAUGUAAAGACCACCGCCAUAAUGCAGGAACAUCGGUGAGUGC